AACCCUACCCGCCUUCUUACAACCAGUGGAACUAUAUCUUUCCCUGAACCAACACUACAUCGGCACGGAUUUCCAGAUCAACUGUCCGACAAACGAACGAAACCGAACUCCGGGCUUGACGAGAAAACGAUGUGCCCGGAAAGAUAAGAGUUUCUAUAGUCCAGGUUCCCGCCCACUGCUGACCAUGGCCGAAGGAGCGACCAGUCCGAGUGGUUUGGGGGAAGGACUGACCACUAACGACUCAAGCAGCGAGGAAGAGCAAGAUUGUCAGUUUGAAGAUGCAGUGGACAGGGUCAACAACCUGACCCAGAUGGACCUGCCCACAGCCAUAGCGGAGGCCAUCGAGGGGCUGGAUCUGUUUCUCAACUGUCGCUUCGCUCAGGCCAAGUCUCUCAUGCAGCCCUGGAAGGACCACAGCCCGUACCAUGCCCUCGGUUACGGCACCAUCCUCUUCAUGCAGGCCAUGAUGACGUUUGAGAAGGAGGACAUUAAGCAGGCUGUUGUCAACCUGAAAAGUGCAAUAUCAGUGUGUAACAGAUACCGCAGGAGAGAAAGUUGGUUGGAGACUCUCUCUCAGAAGAAGGCCCAGGUCAACCAGCUGACAGAAGUUGAAAUCCACUCGGAGCUGUGUUAUGCUGAAUGUCUCCUUCAGAGGGCCUGUCUCACCUUUGUGGAGGAUGAAAGUUUGAUCAACUUCGUGAAGGGAGCUAUUAAGAUCAAAAACUGCCACAGCUGCUACAAACAGUGCCUGUAUAUCAUGGAGAACAGGACAUGGGAGGACCCUGCGCUGAAGGUGCACUUUGAGAGCGGAGUCAGGCUGGGGGUCGGCGCAUUCAAUGUGAUGAUCUCCCUGCUGCCAGGAAAGAUCUUGAAGCUGCUGGAGUUUGUAGGAUUCUCUGGGAAUAAGGCAUUCGGCCUGUCACAGUUGCAGCUGGGGGCAGACCUGGACUCACUUCGCGCACCGCUCUGUUCCCUGUACCUGAUUGGCUACCACACUGUUGUGCUCUACAUAUUAGCCUGCCAUACCAGUUUUGUUGGGUACAACUUCUUCAGUGGCUAG